CAGCCCCCAAAAUGAGUUUGCAGGAGGCUGAAUGCAUGUGAGGAUCUGCACGUAGCCGUCGGAACCAUCCAGAGUAAGAAAACCGGUCGUGGCCAGCAGAUGGCCAUCAGUGCUCCAGUACAUCGCAGACAGGAAGAAUCUCUGCACUGUUAGUCCAUCAUCUUCACUCCGCUAUCUGCGCAGGGCUGUGACAUACCAUAGGAGUCGCAAACCGAGGGUCACAUUUCUCUCUAACUCUUUGGAGGAAAGCACUAAGGAUGGAGCUGCUGUGUUGGUGCACGCUGCUGCUGAGCUAUGUGCAGUUUCUCUCAGCCCACAAUGACUUCUUCACCUCCAUAGGUCAGAUGACAGAUCUGUUAUACACAGAAAAAGACCUUGUCACCUCUCUGAAGGACUACAUCAAAGCAGAGGAAAACAAGCUGGAGCAGGUCAAAAGGUGGGCUGAUAAGUUGGAUUCGUUGACAUCCACAGCCAUGCAGGACCCCGAGGGCUUCCUGGGCCAUCCUGUGAAUGCCUUCAAACUAAUGAAGAGACUGAACACAGAGUGGAGUGACCUGGAGAGCCUUGUACUCAGCGAUACCACUGAUGGGUUUAUUUCCAACCUAACCAUCCAGAGACAGCACUUCCCCUCAGACGAGGACCAGACUGGGGCUGCCAAAGCCCUGCUGCGGUUACAAGACACAUACAGAUUGGAUGCCAACACCAUAUCUACAGGAGACCUGCCUGCAGGAGUGACACACAAGAGCCAAAUGACAGUAGAGGACUGUUACGAACUGGGCAAAAUCGCCUACUCUGAGGCUGAUUACUACCACACAGAGCUGUGGAUGGCUCAGGCCCUGAAGCAGCUCGAUCAGGGAGAAGAGUCCACUUUAGAUGCGGUGACCGUGCUCGACUACCUCAGCUACGCCAUCUACCAGCAGGGGGAGAUACAACGAGCCCUGGAUUACACCAAGAGGCUGCUUGAACUGGACCCAGAGCACCAGCGGGCCAAGGGCAACCUCAAGUAUUUUGAGUUCCAGUUGGAGAAGCAGAAAAAGGCUGAGGAGGAAGAAGCUGAAAAGCAGAAGGAGAGAGGGAAAAGAGAGACGAGUGAAAAGAAGAAAAAGCCCAAAAAGCCUUCCUUCAGUUUGAUUCCAGAGAGGAAGAAGUAUGAGAUGCUUUGUCGUGGGGAGGGCAACAAAUUGACCCCCCGAAGGCAGAGCCGACUGUUUUGUCGCUACUAUGACAACAAUCAUAGCCCCGCUCUGGUGUUGGCACCUGUGAAACAGCAAGAUGAGUGGGACCGCCCGUACAUUGUCCGCUACCUUGACAUCAUUUCAGAGGAUGAAAUGAAGAGGGUCAAGCAGCUUGCAAAGCCAAGAUUAAGGCGAGCCACGGUGCAUGACCCCCUAACUGGGAAACUCACUACAGCCCAGUACAGAGUCUCCAAGAGUGCUUGGCUCACUGGCGACGAUGACCCCAUGAUUGACGUGAUCAACCAGAGAAUUGAAGAUGUCACAGGGCUGGAAAUGGACACUGCAGAAGAGCUGCAGGUUGCAAACUAUGGCGUUGGAGGUCAAUAUGAACCUCACUUUGACUUUGGAAGGAAAGAUGAACCAGAUGCCUUCAAAGAGCUCGGCACUGGGAACCGCAUAGCGACGUGGCUUUUCUACAUGAGUGAUGUCCCAGCAGGCGGAGCCACAGUCUUCCCAGAUGUUGGUGCAGCAGUUUGGCCCCAAAAGGGUACUGCAGUGUUCUGGUACAAUUUGUUUGCGAGCGGGGAGGGUGACUACAGCACCCGACAUGCAGCUUGCCCAGUGUUGGUGGGCAAUAAGUGGGUAUCAAACAAGUGGAUCCAUGAACGAGGCCAGGAGUGGAGAAGACCAUGUAGCUUAAACGAAACGGAUUGAUAGAGGAAGAAACCUCCUCUUCGCCUCCCCCUCACCUUGUCUUCCUUGUGACCACAGAUCACUGCUGCAGAUCACAGAUGAUACACAUGUGGAUACACGACGUCCAAAAUGGCUCAACAUGUUAAUAUGUUUUUAAACGGCUCUUUUUAUCUGUCAGUUUGAAACAGUUAGGGACUGAGGUUCUCCUUCCAUGCGGCAGCGUUCUCUUCUCACUUUAAGCACAAAACUUUGCUGUGUGGUGGGAAAUGAAAGGAUCCACUCAGCACAUAAGAUAGUGGUCAAAUACUAAAAAAAUCUUAUCAAACUCCAGAGUUAUUGUCUCUUUCAUCUGUGCCGCACAUGAUCACAUAGUACUUGUUGUGCCACCUCAAAGCUCCAUUGUUUUUACUCAUGAAGAUGUGUUUACUUGUGUACUUGAACAUAAACACCAACAUAAACACCCACUAUGCUGCCUAGAAUUGUUUAGUGUAAAGAUUUCCUAAAUUUGAGUAGAUCCUUACUUUUCUUGAUUGUCCCAGUGUUUUUUUUUGUUUUUAUUGUUUAUGAGUGUGAUUGAUUGUGUUUUUGUGGUGAACAGUGCCUUUCAGUGAGAGAAUAUAUUGGUUUUUCAAGGAAGCAUUUUAUUUAUAUGUCCCUAACCUUUAUUUUGUUUGGUUUUUUUUGUGAAGUCCUGAAAUGAAUUUUUUUCUACAAUAAAGACUGAUUUAUUGAUCACAA